AAUAUGCCAUAUCUUCAGAUUAUUAAUUAAUUAAGAUCUAAAGAAUGUGGAAGUUGAAGAUAGCAAAUGGAAACAAAGAAGAGCCCUACUUGUUCAGCACCAACAACUUCCUCGGAAGACAGACAUGGGAGUUUGAUCCGGAAGCCGGCACAGCAGAGGAACUAGCUGCCGUCGAAGAAGCUCGUCGGAAAUAUUUUGAUGAUCGUUUUCAGGUUAAAGCUAGCAGCGAUCUCAUAUGGCGUAUGCAGUUCUUAAAGGAGAAGAAAUUCGAGCAAGUUAUACCUCCGGUGAAGGUUGAAGAUGUCAAUAAGAUCACGAGCGAAAUAGCUACAAAUGCGUUAAGGAGAGGGGUCAAUUUCUUAUCGGCAUUGCAGGCCACUGAUGGACACUGGCCUGCUGAAAAUGCUGGUCCUUUAUUCUUCCUUCCUCCAUUGGUUUUCUGUCUAUUUGUCACUGGACAUCUCCAUGAGAUAUUCACUCAAGAGCAUCUUCGAGAGAUCCUCAGAUACAUCUACUGUCACCAGAAUGAAGAUGGUGGCUGGGGAUUACACAUAGAAGGAGACAGCACCAUGUUCUGCACCACACUAAACUACAUUUGCAUGCGCAUACUUGGAGAAGGUCCUAAUGGAGGACCAGGAAACGCGUGCAGACGGGCCAGGGAUUGGAUUCUUGCCCAUGGGGGUGCAACAUACAUACCCUCUUGGGGCAAAACUUGGCUUUCGAUACUUGGUGUCUUUGAUUGGUCAGGAAGCAACCCAAUGCCUCCAGAGUUUUGGAUCCUACCUUCGUUUCUUCCAAUACAUCCAGCGAAAAUGUGGUGUUACUGCCGGUUGGUUUACAUGCCAAUGUCUUAUCUUUACGGGAAGAGAUUCGUUGGUCCAAUAAGUCCUCUUAUUCUGCAACUACGCGAAGAAAUUUACUUGCAGCCUUAUGCAAAAAUAAACUGGAACAGAGCACGCCAUCUAUGUGCAAAGGAAGAUGCGUACUGUCCUCAUCCACAAAUUCAAGAUGUUAUAUGGGACUGUCUUUACAUCUUCACCGAGCCGUUUCUUACAUGUUGGCCAUUUAAUAAGCUGCUUAGGGAAAAAGCUCUUGGGGUGGCAAUGAAACACAUACAUUAUGAAGACGAAAAUAGCCGUUAUAUUACCAUUGGAUGUGUUGAAAAGGCAUUAUGCAUGCUUGCCUGUUGGGUUGAAGACCCUAACGGAAUUCAUUUCAAGAAGCAUCUUUUGAGGAUUUCUGAUUACUUGUGGAUUGCAGAAGAUGGGAUGAAAAUGCAGAGCUUUGGAAGUCAAUUAUGGGAUUCAGGAUUUGCCCUCCAAGCGUUAGUUGCAAGUGAUCUCGCGAACGAAAUCCCAGAUGUACUCAGGAGAGGAUAUGACUUUUUAAAAAAUUCUCAGGUUAGAGAGAACCCUUCGGGUGACUUUACGAACAUGUUCCGUCACAUCUCCAAAGGGUCGUGGACAUUCUCUGAUCGAGACCAUGGAUGGCAAGCUUCCGACUGCACAGCCGAAGGGUUCAAGUGUUGCCUGUUGCUUUCGAUGAUGCCACCUGACAUUGUUGGCCCGAAAAUGGAUCCUGAACAGUUAUAUGAGGCUGUUACUAUCUUGCUGUCUCUACAGAGUAAAAAUGGAGGUGUAACUGCUUGGGAGCCUGCCCGUGGACAAGAAUGGUUGGAAUUGCUAAAUCCUACUGAAGUUUUUGCUGACAUUGUGGUUGAGCACGAGUACAAUGAGUGUACUUCAUCAGCAAUCCAAGCUUUGAUUCUGUUCAAGCAACUAUAUCCGUAUCACAGGACAGAAGAGAUCAACACUUCUAUCAAGAAAGCCGUGCAAUACAUAGAGAGCAUACAAAUGCAUGAUGGUUCAUGGUACGGAAGCUGGGGAGUUUGCUUCACAUACAGUACAUGGUUUGGUUUGGGAGGCCUCGCAGCUGCUGGAAAGACGUACAACAACUGUUUGGCUAUGCGUAAAGGCGUUCAUUUCCUUCUCACAACUCAAAAAGAUAAUGGGGGUUGGGGUGAAAGCUACUUGUCAUGUCCUAAAAAGAGAUACAUUCCAAGUGAAGGGGAGAGAUCAAACUUGGUGCAAACCUCUUGGGCAAUGAUGGGUCUACUUCAUGCUGGACAGGCCGAGCGAGAUCCGGCUCCUCUUCACCGUGCUGCAAAGCUCUUAAUCAACUCUCAACUGGAGAAUGGCGAUUUUCCCCAGCAGGAGAUAACUGGAGCUUUCAUGAAGAACUGCUUGUUACACUAUGCAGCAUACAGAAACAUCUUCCCCGUGUGGGCACUUGCAGAGUAUAGGAGACGAGUUUCAUUGCCCUAUGAAAACCUUGAACAGAGAGAAGAAGUUAGAUCCAUCACAACGUCUCAACAGUCAUCACAGAUAGGAGAAGGCAACGGAGAUGAUCCCUACUUAUUCACUACUAACAACUUCGUCGGACGACAAACAUGGGAGUUUGAUCCUGACGCAGGCUCGCCGGAGGAAAGAUACGCCGUCGUUGAGGCUCGCCGGAGUUUCUACGAAAACCGUUUUCAUGUUAAAGCAAGCAGCGAUCUCUUGUGGCGCAUGCAGUUUUUGAAGGAGAAAAAAUUUGAGCAAGUGAUAGCUCCGGUGAAAGUUGAAGGCUCCGAGAAGGUAACCUUCGAAACGGCGACGAAUGCAUUACGGAGAGGUGUUCAUUUCUUCUCGGCGUUGCAGGCCAGCGACGGUCAUUGGCCAGCCGAAAAUGCCGGUCCUUUGUUUUUCCUUCCGCCACUGGUGUUUUGUCUUUACAUCACGGGACAUCUUGAUGAAGUAUUCACUUUAGAACAUCGAAAAGAGAUUCUUCGAUACAUCUACUGUCAUCAGAAGGAAGAUGGUGGGUGGGGAUUACACAUUGAAGGUCAUAGCACAAUGUUCUGUACUGCGUUGAAUUACAUAUGCAUGCGUAUACUUGGGGAAAGUCCUGUUGGAGGUCAUGAAAAUGCGUGUAGACGAGCCCGGGAAUGGAUCCUUAGUCAUGGUGGUGUCACCUACAUACCUUCUUGGGGUAAAACUUGGCUUUCGAUACUUGGUGUAUUUGACUGGUCAGGAAGCAACCCAAUGCCUCCUGAGUUUUGGAUCCUACCUUCUUUCUUUCCCGUGCAUCCAGCAAAGAUGUGGUGCUACUGCCGGAUGGUUUACUUGCCAAUGUCGUAUCUCUAUGGGAAGCGAUUUGUUGGCCCAAUAACACCUCUCAUUCAACAACUGCGGAAAGAACUGUACUUACAGCCUUAUGAAGAAAUCAAUUGGAUGAAAGUCCGCCAUUUUUGUGCAAAGGAAGAUACAUACUAUCCCCGUCCAUUGGUUCAAGAGUUAAUAUGGGACAGUAUUUACAUCUUCGCGGAGCCUUUCCUUGGACGUUGGCCAUUUAACAAGUUUCUUAGGCAAAAGGCUCUUCAAGUGACAAUGAAGCACAUACACUAUGAAGAUGAAAAUAGCCGUUAUAUCACCAUUGGGUGUGUGGAAAAGGUACUAUGCAUGUUAGCUUGUUGGGUUGAAGACCCGAAUGGGAUUUAUUUCAAGAAGCACCUUGCUAGAAUCUCCGAUUACUUGUGGGUGGCGGAAGAUGGGAUGAAAAUGCAGAGCUUUGGAAGUCAACUAUGGGAUACAGGAUUUGCGAUGCAAGCUUUACUUGCAAGUAAUCUCUCCAGUGAAAUCUCUGAUGUACUCAGGAGAGGACAUGAGUUCAUAAAGGAUUCACAGGUUGGAGAGAACCCUUCAGGUGAUUUCAAAAGCAUGUACCGUCAUAUAUCUAAAGGCGCAUGGACCUUUUCUGACCGAGAUCACGGCUGGCAAGUUUCAGACUGCACAGCUGAUGGCUUAAAGUGCUGCCUGCUGUUCUCGAUGCUGGCACCGGAUAUUGUUGGCCCAAAACAAGACCCAGAGAGACUAUAUGAUUCUGUUAAUAUCCUGCUUACUUUACAGAGCAAAAAUGGAGGUGUAUCUGCCUGGGAGCCUGCUGGUGCUCCCAAAUGGUUGGAAUUGCUCAAUCCCACAGAAUUGUUCUCCGACAUUGUGAUUGAGCAUGAAUACAGCGAAUGCACGUCGUCUGCAAUCCAAGCACUGAGUCUGUUCAAGCAACUCAUCCCCGAUCACAGGACAACGGAGAUCACUACUUUCAUCAACAAAGCUGUGCAUUACCUAGAAAACAUGCAAACGCCUGAUGGUUCAUGGUAUGGGAACUGGGGUAUUUGCUUCACGUACGGUACAUGGUUUGCUCUUGCAGGCUUAACAGCUGCUGGUAAGACUUACAAGGACUGUGAGGCAAUACGCAAAGGCGUUCAAUUUCUUCUCGAAGCUCAGAAAGACAACGGAGGCUGGGGAGAAAGCUACCUCUCUUGCUCCAAAAAGAUAUACAUAGCAAAAGAAGGGGAGAUGUCAAACGUGGUGCAAACUGCUUGGGCUUUAAUGGGUCUCAUUCACUCUGGACAGGCGGAGAGAGAUCCGGUUCCUCUUCACCGUGCUGCGAAACUUAUCAUCAAUUCACAACUGGAGAGUGGAGAUUUUCCUCAACAGAAAGAAACAGGAAGUGGUUCAGUAGCAGUUGCAAUAGACAAAGACAAAGGAAGCCAACAUGCUCUUAAAUGGACAAUCGACAAUCUUGCUUCUCGUGGCCAAACCAUUUCUCUUAUUCAUGUCCUCUCCAGAUCCCAUUCUUCUUCAGAUCUUGAAGAAGGAACCCCCCAACAGAAACAGCAAUUGGAGAAGAUAGCUAAAGAUCUCUUUGUAUCCUUCCACUGCUAUUGUUCCCGUAAAGAGAUACAUUGUCGAGAUAUUUUGCUGGAAGACGCAGACAAAGUUAGAGCUAUUACCGAAUAUGUUUCAUCUUCCGCAAUCGAAAACUUAGUCGUUGGAUCUGCAUCGCGUAAUGGCUUCAUGAGAAGAUUCAAGACGGAUUUGCCAACAACUGUGUCAAAGUCAGCUCCAGAUUUCUGCAAUGUUUAUGUCAUUUCAAAAGGCAAAAUUGCUUCAGUACGAAAUGCAUCACGUCCUGCUCCUUACCAAAAUUCGAUGCAGCAAUGUGAAAUUGACAAUCAUCACCCACAUACUCCUGACAAAGCACCAAAGCAUCAUGACCAUUCCAAUUCUGCAGGUAGUACACCGUCUAGACCUCGUAAAUCAGUUGAAGUAGAUGCUACAAGAUCGCCGUUGAUGAAAAGGAAGCCAUAUGGGGACUUAUAUGAUUCAGAUAGCGACCUUUCGUUCAUUAGUCCGUCUUCUCAUCGUGACUCUGACAUUUCAUUCAUCAGCUCAGGGAGACCGAGCGUUGAGCGCUCUUCCUUUAGCCUUGAUUUUCCUGAAUCUGCAAGGACUUCGAGAAUGUCAACGAGCUCAGAGCAAAGUAUUGGCUCACAUCGCUUGGGAAUUAAGUUCAGUGAUCCUGGUUUCCCUAACGAAUCCUCUACAUUCUCUGAAGAGAGCUGUAGAACAUCCUCCUAUUCCUCUCAGAGCUUGGAUGAUGUUGAAGCUGAAAUGAAGAGGCUGCGUCUAGAGCUGAAACAAACAAUGGAUAUGUAUAGCACAGCUUGCAAAGAAGCUUUAAGCGCUAGACAACAGGCAACGGAGCUGCAAAAGCUGAGAACCGAAGAGGAGAGACGGUUGGAAGAAGCAAAGAGUUCAGAGGAAGCAGCAAUGUCAAUAGUGGAAAAGGAGAGAGCUAAAGCCAAAGCAGCCUUGGAAGCUGCUGAAGCUGCUAAGAGAUUAGCAGAAGUGGAAGCUAAAAGAAGGUUGACUGCAGAGAUGAAGACAUUGAAGGAAUCAGAUUCGUUCUCUCGCGGAUUUGUUCGGUAUAGGAAAUACACGGUUGAAGAAAUCGAAGAAGCUACUUCAAAUUUUGCAGAGUCUCAAAAGGUAGGAGAAGGAGGCUAUGGGCCUGUGUUUAGAGGCUUUCUUGAUCACACAAGUGUUGCUGUUAAAGUUCUACGCCCAGACGCAGCUCAAGGGAGAUCACAGUUUCAGAAAGAGGUUGAAGUAUUAAGCUGCAUAAGGCAUCCAAACAUGGUGCUUCUUCUUGGAGCAUGUCCAGAAUUUGGGAUUCUUGUUUAUGAAUACAUGGCCAAAGGAAGUUUAGAAGACCGGCUUUUCAUGCGAGGAAACACUCCGCCAAUUACCUGGCAGCUACGUUUCAGAAUCGCUGCUGAGAUCGCCACGGGACUCCUCUUCCUCCACCAGACCAAACCUGAACCAAUUGUCCACAGAGACCUUAAACCAGGAAAUGUUCUCCUUGAUUACAAUUAUGUGAGCAAGAUCAGCGAUGUUGGGCUAGCAAGAUUAGUCCCUGCAGUAGCAGAGAACGUUACACAGUACAGAGUCACUUCAGCUGCAGGAACUUUCUGUUACAUUGAUCCUGAGUACCAACAAACUGGAAUGUUGGGUGUGAAGUCAGAUGUUUAUUCGCUCGGGAUCAUGCUUUUGCAAAUCUUGACUGCGAAACAGCCAAUGGGUUUGGCUUAUUACGUUGAGCAAGCGAUUGAAGAGGGGACUCUUAAGGAUAUGCUUGAUCCAGCAGUACCGGACUGGCCUAUGGAAGAAGCUCUGUCUUUAGCUAAGCUUUCGCUUCAAUGCGCGGAAUUAAGAAGAAAAGAUAGACCUGAUCUCGGGAAAGAGAUAUUACCUGAGCUCAAUCGGUUAAGAGAGAUCGGUGAAGAGAGUUUAGAGAGUGUGUUUUAUGCAGGAAGUCAAGGAAAGUCCCCACACACUAGCCAAGUCUCGAUUUCAUCAUCUAGUGAUCCUUGUAUACCGAAUUCGGAAUCUCCAGCUGCAGAAUCUCGAUCCUAUGGCCGAUUCUCUGUUUCCGCCUCGUUUCAGCACGGAGAUUCAAAUUUGAGCUCUAAUUCUUCGCAGAAAAAUCACGAGGACCAUACCUCUCUCGCACAUAAUUCAAUUGCUGAGUUUCUCCGACGAGACAUUGGACUCUCAGAGGCCGAUUCAGAUUUCAUUUCUGAAAAUUGUCCUAAAUACACGCGAAUGAUUGUAGAGGGUGUUAGGGAUUUGGAGGAAUGGAAUUCGUGGAAAGGGAGUGGAGAAGCUGAAGGAAUUGAGGGUUUAGGGUUUAAGGAGAAAGUGAUUUAUAUGGUGAAACAAAAGGGUGAUGGUGGGAAAGUUGCCUUUUUGGAGAGUCUUGGUUUGAGUUUGUCUUCUGCUAUGUAUUUGGCUCAUUACGUCUCCUCUGAAUCGCUUCCCAUACUUCUCCAUAAGGUUAAGUACCUCAAGGAAAUAUUCUUUUCUGGCAGUGAUGAGAAAGGUCUUGUUGGAAAGUAUGCACGACGAAUGAUGCUCUACUUAUCCAUUCCUAUUGAUGAAGAUGUUCAGCAAACUCUUUCCUUUUUCGAAAAGAUUGAAGCAAGGCGUGGAGGCUUGGAUAUGCUGGGCUCUGUAGAUGCAUCAUUUAGAUUUUUAAUCGAGUCAUUCCCUCGGCUUCUUCUACUUUCAGAAGAAAAUGAUAUGAAGCCUAUUGUAGAGUUUCUUGAAAGCAUUGGUAUCCCUAAAUAUUGCUUGGGAAAGGUACUUCUUUUGUACCCUCCUAUCUUGCUCGGCAAAACUGAGGAGAUCAAAAGAAGGGUAGCCGCAGCUCUGGAAAAGGUUAGUGUAGUGAACAAGGAUUCUGGAAAAGUGUUGCUGAAGUAUCCGUGGAUUCUCUCAACAAGCAUACAAGAGAACUAUUCUCACAUCGUCUCAUUUUUUUACAGUGAAUCGGUGCUCAAAAUGGAUGUUGACCACGCAAUUAAGAGAUGGCCUUUGCUUCUCGGUUGCUCAGCGAGCAAUAUGGAGAUGAUGGUGAAGGAAUUUGAUAAAUUAGGUGUUAGAGAUAAAAGAAUGGGGAAGGUUAUACCCAAGAUGCCUCAGCUUUUGUUAUGUAAACCCCAAGAAUUUCUGAAGGUUGUUUGCUUUUUGGAAGAUUUGGGAUUUCAAAAGGAAAUCGUGGGUCAAAUACUCUGUCGAUGUCCUGAAAUAUUUGGCUGCAGCAUUGACAAGACCCUGCAGAAAAAGCUCAUCUUUCUCACACGUUUUGGUGUUUCCACUACCCAUUUCCCCCGAAUCAUAAAGAAAUACCCGGAAUUUCUUAUAUACGACGCAGACAAAACAGUACUUCCACGGCUAAAGUACUUAAUGGAGAUUGGGAUAUCGGAGAGAGAGAUUGCCUUCAUGAUUCGCAAAUUCUCACCGAUCUUGGGAUAUAGCAUCGACAAAGUGUUGAGACCGAAGUUUGAAUUUCUGGUGAACAGCAUGGAGAAGCCGGUUAGAGAGGUAAUAGAAUACCCGAGGUACUUCAGUUACUCGCUGGAGAAAAGGAUAAAACCGCGGUUUUGGGUACUCAAAGGGAGGAACAUAGAAUGUACAUUACAGGAAAUGUUAGGCAAAAACGAUGAAGAGUUUGCUGCUGAUUUCUUGGGUUUAGGAGAGCUUCAAACUCACAGUGAAACCUCUUAGUUUAUAUUUAUAGGCCAAAAGUUUCUUUGAGAAAAUCACUAUGUAAUGAGAUUGGUGAUAUCUCCGAAGCCUCUUCAGUUUUGUCUGUUUGCAUUGUUCAUAUAACCGCUAGUGUAUGUACUUACUGUUCUUGUAUACAAAUUCCUAACUUCUUUUUAUCAAAAAAAAUCAGCUCAUGUGUAUAAGAAGUGUAUGAAUUGUCUUCGAGAGGUUUGAAAAUAUUCCUACCAUGUUUUUUGAAUCAAUAAAACAGAACCGGUUUA